AGCCGCAGCAGGGGCGGGGAGAGGUGGGGAGCGAAGCGAUGCUUGUCUGUGAGCAGCGCUGGCGCUGGCGGAGCGGCCUGGAGGCGGGCCAGGGCUCCGAGGAGGCAGGGGCUCCCCAGGUUUGGAACAAAGACUUCACAGGCAGGUCCCCUGAGCCUGGGUCAGCGGGAUGGUGGUGGAUCCAGAGAGAGGCCACAGGAAGGAUGGCUGGUGCUGAGCGGAGCCGGUUGGAACUCUGGUGCCCGUAGGGGCAGCUCCACCUCUUGAAGAUGAAGGGGCCCAGGUGAAACACAGGCCGGGCCGCAUGGCCAGCUCCAGGAUGGAGGUCUGCUGGGCUGAGCCGGGCCCGGGGAAGGGGCCACCGCAGCGGCGGCGCUGGGCCUGGGCUGAAGAGGGAAAGGAUGCUGACGGGAGUACACGCAGCUUGGGAGAAAAGGGGCCCUUUCCCAAAGCCAGCAGCCCUGAGCUCCUGGAGGACUUCCGCCGGGCCCAGCAGUGCCUGCAGCCACUGGAGUGGGGCCCAGACUCACAGCCUGAUGGGUGCCAGGAUCCUGAAUCAGGAGGGUCUGCAGAAGAGGAGUCUGAAGCAGAGGAUGUGGACAGCCCUGAAAGUUCCAACUUGCCUCUCGGCUGGCUCCCCCAGCAGGACCCUCAACCAGGCAUGACUGAAGAGGAGCCAGAUGAGACCCUGGGAGGUGCUGAGGUCCAGGAAGCUGGAGAGAGCUCCCCGAGACUGGGGUAUGAGACCAAUCUCAGCUCGGGGGGCAAUGGGAACACCAGCCCCAUGGCUCUGGGGUGGUGUCAGCCCACAGGCAGGGUGGCUUCUGGCAAUCAAGCCAGUGGAGACAAACUUCCAGAACAUUCUGAGGUCAACCCAACUGUUGACUUCAGCUCUGCGAGGUCCUGGAGCAGUGGAACUGUGAGCCUCAACCACCCCAGUGACAGUCUCGAUUCUACCUGGGAAGGAGAGACCGAUGUCCCCCAGGCCCCUGCCCUGGCAGAAUCUUUACCACAGAGCCCCAGCCACCACCUCCUAAACCCAAAUGACAGAACUGGAGGAAGCGUUGCUCUGGUAACCCCCACGGAAUUCCAGGAGUCCUCAGCACCUCCAGCCCAGAGCCUCCAGUGUCCUGCAGACAGAUGGAGGAGAGAAGCUACCAGCCUCUCCUGCCCUCAGCCCGGGGACCAGCCCUGGAAACGGACACGGAUAUCACCUAAGCCGCUCCCUUCCCGAUUCACCGGCUCCAUCAGCCCCAUGAAUCCCUCACCUGGGCCAGCUCGGCAGGACAGGCCACCGCCCAGGCCAGGCGCCACUCUGGCUGGUCACUCAUCUUCUGGUGCCCCUAAGUAUGGCCGGGGGCGGCUGAACUACCCACUCCCUGAUUUCUCCAAGGUAGGACCCCGGGUGAAGUUCCCCAAAGAUGAGAGCUACCGCCCCCCGAAGGCCAGGAGCCACAGCAGGCUGCCCGAGAGUCCUGCCAGGCCGCUGAUUUUCAAGUCACCUGCCGAGAUUGUGCGGGAGGUGCUGCUGAGCAGCGGAGAAGUCUGCCCUGGAAAGGACCCACCUCCUACCCACCCCAUCACCAGGGUACCCCAAGAAUUUCAGACACCUGAACAAGCCACAGAGCUGGUCCAUCAGCUCCAGGAGGACUACCACAAGCUCCUCACCAAGUAUGCUGAGGCCGAGAACACCAUUGACCAGCUGCGCCUCGGGGCCAAGGUGAACCUGUACUCCGACCCGCCUCAGCCCAGCCACAGCAUCCACAUGGGGACAGUGCCCCAGGGGACCAAGGUCUUGUCCUUUAGCAUCCCACAGCCCCACUCUGUGGAGCGGUGGCCAGGCCCCGCUGAGGGCCCACAGGCCUCUGAAGCUUCAGGGUGGCCGUCAGCUCGAGGAGAUCCGAGCUUCUCCUCGUCCCCCAGCGCACCCACCCCAGGGUGGCUUCCAGAGAACCCAGGUAUCAUCCAGAACCAGCCCGCAGCAGAGCCGGCCCAGGAACUGGCUUCUCAGGCCAGCCGCUUCCUGGCCAAGGUGGAGUCCUUUGUAGAACUGAUACAAGCAGGACAGCUGGCGCCCCGGGACCAGCUCAAGGGCUUCCAGCGGCUAAAGGCUGCCCACACUGCCCUGGAGGAGGAGUACCUGAAGGCCUGCAGGGAGCAGCACCUGGCCCAGCAGCUUGCCGGAUCCAAGGGAGCGCCUGGGAAAUUCGAUCCUGGCAGGGAGCUGGAAGCAAAGAUAUUCCAGCUGGGAAUUCGCUUGGAAGAGCUGAAGGACCAUGUGGACCAGAACCAGCAGAAGCCUGAGCGAGCCGGAUCAGACUUGGCUCUGGACAGCCCCCCAGCCGGGCCCUCCCCUGAGCAGCCAGCAGGCCUGCCCUCUCCUUUGGAACAAGCCCCUACACCAGCCAUCCAGACACUCUGCCCCGAGCCCGAUGCCACCAGCAUUGGCCCCCACCCAUUGCACGUGAACUUGGAUCUGAGUGCUACCAGCAAUGAGGUAGAAGACAGGCCGCUUGGCCUCCCGGGCCCACUCAGGCACAAGGAGCUGCAGGUGGAGCAGGAUCUCCAUGGUCUCUUAGAGCGGUACCUCAGUGUGAAGUCCCCCCCAGAAGCCAUGAGGAUGGAGGAGGAGGAGGCGGGAGGGCAGGACCGCACCCUGGAAGUUGACGGGCCGGCUCCAGCUCCGGGAAAAGCAGCAGCCACCAGGCUCCCCACCAGGCAGCUCCCGGCACAGGCUGAGAGAAGUCACAGGGGCUCCCUCGAGGGGACUGUGGAGCAGAUGGCACCCGUGAAGCCAGCAGACUUCCAUGCAUCCAUGGCCAGAGACAGCCACCUGCAAGGCCUGGACAAAGCCGGGGCAGCUCCUCCAGGCCCUAGCAGGCACCCUCACCCUCGGGGCACCAAGUCCUCUGUGGCGUCCCACCAGGGCAGUCUGACCAGCCUAGAGGGAAGUGGCAUCUCUGAGCGCCUUCCACAGAAGUCUCUGUGCCAGGCUGGUGGGCCCCACCAGGAGGAGCCCUGGAUGGCAUCCCCCGAGACAGACAGUGGCUUUGUGGGCUCAGAAACCAGCAGAGUGUCGCCCCUCACUCAGACUCCAGAGCACCGGCUCUCCCACAUCAGUACUCCAGGGACACUAGGCCAGCCCUUCACUCCAUCUGAGCCCCGAGACGCAGCCUCCCACCGCCAGACCAGGGGUCUUCCGGUUCCCAGAAGAGCCGCUGAGCCCAGCACACCCAGGAGCCGAGCCCAGAGGCCCCCGUCUGGCCAGGACAGUCCUCUCCGGCAGAGGGCGUCCAGCUUCUGUCUGGAGCGGGCACUGGCGGCCGAGAUGGCGGUUCCUGGCUCAGAGUUCAAGGGGCGAAGGCAGAUGUCUGAACAGCUUCCCCACAGCAUGACAAUCAGCCCAUCCCCGACUCCGGCCCCUGUGGAGGCUGUCCCACCCCGUGGACCGACAGAGACCACCUCCACUUUCCUCCUCACCAGGACAGGGCGAGACCAGGCCAUCCGCGAGCUGCAACAGGAGGUAUCCCGGCUCCGUCUGCGGCUGGAGGACAGCCUGCACCAGCCCCCGCAGGGCAGCCCAACACGCCCAGCAUCCAGCUUCGACUGCCCCGCCCGGGCCCGGGCCCGGGACCGGCUAGCGGGUUCCUCGGCCACGUGGGGCUCCCAUUACGGCAGCAAAUCCACAGAGAGAUUGUCUGGUGAGCCUGGGGGUGCAGAGCAAGCUGUCCCUGCGGGAAGGCGGCGAACCAGGUCCUCCUCAGUGCCUCGGGAGGUGCCCCAACUGUCCCUGAGUUCCGAAUCUGAGCCAACCUCCCCCAGGCUGUUCUCUGAGAAGGGCAGGACCGCCGAGGACAGCCCUCAGGCAGCUUGGGUUGGAACGAGAAGAGUGGGAGGCACCGGACGUCCAGACAGGGUCACCUUCCGGGGCCAAUACACAGGCCAGGAGUACCACGCUUCGACCCCAAAGACAGUCCCAAGAGGUAGUGGUCCAGUCUCCUGUCCCCAGUGCCGACCUGUUAGAACCCAGGACCCAGGACCAGAAAAGGCCGCCACCAGAAGAAAUACACCUUCAACCUCCAGCCCCAAGCAGAGGAGCAAGCGGGCAGAGUCGCCGCCCCGGCCACCCCCUGGACUGUGGUAUCUGGCUGCCGCGCCCUCAGCACCAACCCCUCCUGCCUUUGCCUACGUGUCCUCAGUCCCCGUCAUGCCUUAUCCAUCAGCCACUGUGUUCUAUGUGCCUCCAGGACCUACCUCAGCCCCCUCAGCCCGACCGGCCGCCGAGUGGCCCCCCGCAGCCUCCUCCCGGCCGGCGGGGGGACCCCGGCGCUCCAUCCAGCUGGACCUGGAGGACCUGGAGGAGCUUAACAAGGCCCUGAGCCGAGCCGUGCAGGCCGCCGAGAGCGUCCGCUCCACCACCAAGCACAUGAGCCGCUCCCUGUCGGCCGACCUGCGCCAGGCCCGCGGCCUGCGGGGCUCCUGCCUCUUCUGACUCCACUCAAGGCUCAGAGACGCACGGAUGGCGAGGGGCAGGCAGCCCGCUGUCGUCCCCUGGGCCAGGGUCCGGCUGGAGCCACUGCUGGAGGCCCUGCAGACCCUCAUGGGGGCGGGGUCCCUCCGCAUCAGCCCUGCCUGCGCAGCCUGGGUGUUUCCAGAACGGAAGGCAUGUCAACUGUCAUCAAGAGAAGUCACUUCCUGGGGCCCAGCCCUGCGGUUGGUGCUGGGAUCGAGGUCGCCUCUGUCCAGACACCGCCUCUGGGAGUCUUCCAGUCCUGCACUUGUCCAUUGCCAGCUAAUAAUAUGUCUUUUGUCUACAGAUGGACAGAUAUUUUUUUAAACUGAGACAUUUUCCUGGCCUUGGGUCCUUCUUAGGAGGCCAGAGAAGAAGGGACAGGGCCAGGGUUUCUGGUGAAAACUUACCCACCAGCUGCAACCAGAUACUCCAGAGCAGGUGUCUCUGGGAAGGACGAGGCUGGGGACCUCUCUUCUGGUGACCAGUGACUGAGGCCACUGGGAUACCUUAGGAUGACAGGCAUCCAGCUUCUCCAUGGUUAAGAGGCUUUCCCACAGGCCUGCUGGGAUGGAGACACCCCGCAGAGGGCCCGGGAAGCCGUCCGCCAGUCCCCCUCGGUACCUCACCCCAGGCUCUCUCCCGGGGAUCCCUGUGGAACUGGGCCAGUGGCCAGCUACCUGCCAGGUCCUGGCCUGUGGCCCUGAGGCCAGGCCACCUCCUGCUCCCUGACCCUGUAGCAGCUCAUACCUCAGCUUUUCUGGAAUGUAUGUGCAUCAGUGAUAUUUGUAUAUUUGAGGUGUUUAAAAAUCUAUUUUCAUUAUGAGGACAAAUAAAGAAGAAUGAAUAUUGAUCUUAA